AGAGGAAAAGGGAGGAAAAAGAAGCUGGCGGUGGAGGAGAAGGACCCGCCCCUCCCGGCUUCUUCCUGGGCUGGGCAUCUCCAGGGCCUCUCCCCGACCGCCGCCCUCGGCUGUUGGCUGAGCUCACAGGGGACCCCCCCCAGUCCGCGUGUCCAGCUCUGUGCAGCGCAACGCACAGGCCCCAGGUUCGCCCGCGCGCGUCCCCGUCCGGCGCGCUCCUACUCCAGGCCGCGCGCGCGCGUGCACACAUACACACGCUAGCUCUCCGGGCAUGCGCAGUGGGCGGCGCCGCUCCGGGCCGCCUCUUGCCGCCGCCGCGAGUAGGAAGCGCGAGCGCCGGGCGCCGGGCUGUCAGUGAGCGUGAGGCCAGCCAGCGAGCGAGCGAGCGAGCCGGAGAGAGCCAGAGAGAGCGGCUCGGCUCCCAGCUCCAAGCAGCGCCGAGCAGCGCAGCGCCCGCCCGGCUCUCCCAGGACACCGCCGCCACCGCCGCCACCACCGCCCCUCAGCACCGCCACCUCGGCCGCCGCCCCCGCCCACCCCGGCCCUCCCCGGCUGCUGCUCCCCGGCGGAGGCAAGAGGUGGUUGGGGGGGACCAUGGCUGACGUUUACCCGGCCAACGACUCCACGGCGUCUCAGGACGUGGCCAACCGCUUCGCCCGCAAAGGGGCGCUGAGGCAGAAGAACGUGCACGAGGUGAAAGACCACAAAUUCAUCGCCCGCUUCUUCAAGCAACCCACCUUCUGCAGCCACUGCACCGACUUCAUCUGGGGGUUUGGGAAACAAGGCUUCCAGUGCCAAGUUUGCUGUUUUGUGGUUCACAAGAGGUGCCAUGAGUUUGUUACUUUCUCUUGUCCGGGUGCAGAUAAGGGACCUGACACUGAUGACCCCAGGAGCAAGCACAAGUUCAAAAUCCACACCUAUGGAAGCCCUACCUUCUGUGAUCACUGUGGGUCCCUGCUCUAUGGACUUAUCCACCAAGGGAUGAAAUGUGACACCUGCGACAUGAAUGUUCACAAGCAAUGUGUGAUCAACGUCCCUAGCCUCUGCGGAAUGGAUCACACAGAGAAGAGGGGGCGGAUUUAUCUGAAGGCUGAGGUCACCGAUGAAAAGCUCCACGUCACGGUACGAGAUGCAAAAAACCUAAUCCCUAUGGAUCCAAAUGGGCUUUCGGAUCCGUAUGUGAAGCUGAAACUUAUUCCUGACCCCAAGAAUGAGAGCAAACAGAAAACCAAAACCAUCCGCUCCACGCUGAACCCUCAGUGGAAUGAGUCCUUCACAUUCAAAUUAAAACCUUCAGACAAAGACCGGCGACUGUCUGUAGAAAUCUGGGACUGGGAUCGGACAACGCGGAAUGACUUCAUGGGUUCCCUCUCCUUUGGUGUCUCAGAGCUGAUGAAGAUGCCAGCCAGUGGAUGGUACAAGUUGCUCAACCAAGAAGAGGGCGAAUACUACAACGUGCCCAUCCCAGAAGGAGAUGAAGAAGGCAACAUGGAACUCAGGCAGAAGUUUGAGAAAGCCAAGCUGGGCCCCGCUGGUAACAAAGUCAUCAGCCCUUCAGAAGACAGAAAGCAACCAUCCAAUAACCUGGACAGAGUGAAACUCACAGACUUCAACUUCCUCAUGGUGCUGGGGAAGGGAAGUUUUGGAAAGGUGAUGCUUGCUGACAGGAAGGGAACAGAGGAACUGUACGCCAUCAAGAUCCUAAAGAAGGAUGUGGUGAUCCAGGAUGACGACGUGGAGUGCACCAUGGUGGAGAAGCGGGUGCUGGCCCUGCUCGACAAGCCGCCCUUCCUGACACAGCUGCACUCCUGCUUCCAGACAGUGGACCGGCUGUACUUCGUCAUGGAAUACGUCAACGGCGGGGACCUCAUGUACCACAUCCAGCAAGUUGGGAAAUUUAAGGAGCCACAAGCAGUAUUCUACGCAGCCGAGAUCUCUAUUGGACUGUUCUUUCUUCAUAAACGAGGAAUCAUUUACAGGGACCUGAAGCUGGAUAACGUCAUGCUGGACUCAGAAGGGCAUAUCAAGAUCGCCGACUUUGGGAUGUGCAAGGAACACAUGAUGGAUGGAGUCACGACCAGGACCUUCUGUGGGACUCCCGAUUACAUUGCCCCAGAGAUAAUUGCUUACCAGCCAUAUGGAAAGUCUGUGGACUGGUGGGCGUACGGCGUGCUGCUGUAUGAGAUGCUAGCUGGGCAGCCUCCAUUUGACGGCGAAGAUGAAGAUGAACUGUUUCAGUCUAUAAUGGAGCACAACGUGUCCUACCCCAAAUCCUUGUCCAAGGAAGCUGUCUCCAUCUGCAAAGGACUUAUGACCAAACACCCUGCCAAGCGGCUGGGCUGCGGGCCCGAGGGAGAGAGGGAUGUCAGAGAGCAUGCCUUCUUCAGGAGGAUCGACUGGGAGAAACUGGAGAACAGGGAGAUCCAGCCUCCAUUCAAGCCCAAAGUGACUUUCUCUACCAAAAUGCACUGGCUUCAGUGGGCAUCCAGGCCUUCGUGUGGCAAAGGAGCAGAAAACUUUGACAAGUUCUUCACGCGAGGGCAGCCUGUCUUAACACCACCAGAUCAGCUGGUCAUCGCUAACAUAGACCAGUCUGAUUUUGAAGGGUUCUCGUAUGUCAACCCUCAGUUUGUGCACCCGAUCUUGCAAAGUGCAGUAUGAAACUCAAAAAUGAAAGAUCAAAUGCCUCCCUAGCCCCCACCUUCCCAGCAGUGGGAAGUGAUCCUUAACCAUAAAAAUUUAAGGCUAUGGCCUUGUAUUUUGUUCCACACAGAAGCCUGAAAAUUCUAGGGACAUUAGUCCAUAAGUGAUCAACUUUCUUCCCCACCUCCCAACCAAAAACAUUAUCUUAGUGGAUGAUGACAUAAUGUACAGAGUAUAGUAUAGUUUAAUUUAAGUCACAUCUGGCUACAAGUUAAUUCUUCCUAGAAAACAAAGAGACUUGGACCCUAUUUUUUGGUACGAUUUGAUAUAUUCUCCAUACCUUCCAUUUCUUGGAUUUUCACUAUCCAAAUCAACCAGAGAUAGUAAACUGAACCCACCAUAACUCAAGGGAAGGAAACUUUUCCAACCAAGAUGUCUUUGGAACGAAAGAACAGGAAGCCCAAGAGAAAGCAAAGAGAGGUUGGUGGCUCAUAUAUUCACGACCCCAUUGCUUCUAUUUUCUGCUUCAAUGGAAACAAUCCUUAGAGUUUGAGAGGGCAGGAUGAACCUGAUCACUGUUCCCAGUCAUCAUAGCACAGCCAUAAUGCAUAGAUUAAGAAUGAAAGAAAACUUCAGACAAAUAUUCAUUGAAUCUGUCAUCCGUAAUCCCCUGCUUGGUUAAUAACUAUCUCAAUAACUCAUUCUUUUUAAGAGGCCAAAUCGUCUAAGGACUUUGCUAAACAAGCAUGUGAAAUCAUUUCAGAUCAAGGAUAAACCAUGUGUAUAUUCAUUUUAAUCUCUGGGAGAUGACUCUUCAAUCCAGGGUGCCAUCAGCAAUCAUGCCACUGUUCACAAGUGUUGUUAGCCAACCCCACACACACAAUAUUUUGCUACCUUUGUGGGUACCCUUCCUAAGAAGCUGAAAUGUAUGCCCCCAUCCCCUUUUUUACUAUUUAUUUAAUAAGCUGCAGUGUCGUUUAUGGAAGUAUAAUGUAUAGUAACUUAAUCAAAGUAUUGAUUAGCAUCAGUCCUUAUAGAUUGAUUUUCCUCCUUUCUCUAGCCCCACAUCCACUUAGAGAUGAAAAAGAGUAUAGUUUGGGUUCCUAUUCCCAGUUCCAAUUGAAUGACAUAUGUGGAGCUGUAGGAUCAAGAUACUUUAUGCUUAUAUCGGCUCAAAGAUGUUUUCUUGCUAGAAGGAUUUUAAUAUGUUUUGCGAGUGCAUCAUGCAAUGGAUUUUGCAUGUUUAUAAUAAACCUUAAUAACAAGUUAAUCUAUAUUAUUGAUAUAAUUGUAUCAAGUAUAAAGAGUAUUAUAAUAAUUUUUAUAAGACACAAUUGUGCUAUAUUUGUGACGCUCAUGUUUCCAGUCUGCUUUAAGAUUAAGUGUUAGCUUUAUUCAUUGCUGCUGGGCUCUCUCUUACUCGCUACCCCACACACUGGCACUCUACCAGACAUAAUUAAUUUUUUAAUGUAGAUGUAAUUUUAAAAAUGAAUGGCUACUUUACAUGUUUAACUAGGGUUUUACUAUAUAUGUGUACAUAUGUAUAUAUAUAUAUUUGAUUCUACCUGCAAACCCCGGUUUUGUUUGUGGGGAUUAUUUUUGAGAUGAGACUCUGUUAACUUCAUGUUAUCUUCUGUUCAGGUUCCCCUACCACUCCUUCUCUUGGGGACAGCUGGAAAUGUUUAAUUCCAGUAUUCCUGAUAUCUUCAUAUGUAUGUGGCAUUGUUACAGCACCUGGGCUGAACUGUGUGUGUGUGUGUGUGUGUGUGUGUGUGUGUGUGUGUGUGUCUGUCUGUCUGUCUGUCUGUCUGUCUGUCUGUCUGUCUGAUACUUUUCAGCCUAUGUCUUUAGGGUCUCUAGGGAUGGAAGGGUGGGAAGAUUCCUUUCUCUGUGUGCAUGUGGACACGCAAAAAUAUGUAGUCUGUCUUUCAGCUCCAGAAUAACUCACUGUGUACUCCAGAACACACAGAAUCCUUGAGGCAAACUUGGCCUAUGUAGAGCCAUCUCUGAAGCUGUUGCAAACAGACUCUCUUCAGAGGCGCGUACUGUCUUAAAGCUGUUCCUAGAACAUUCCGGUCUUUGAAGAGCAUGUCUUUGGCCAAAUGCCUCCCAAUACAAGGUGUUUAGAAGAGGCAGGCUUCUGCAGCAUAAAGGACAAGUGAAAAUGAAGUUCCCACCAGUCCUUAUAGAAGGCACCUCUCCCGAAAGCAUCUCACAGCUAAGCUCUCCUCUUUGUUACUCUCCAUUUAUCUGCUUGACAGUCACAUACCCUGCAACCCACCAGGAGUCUUUGAGAUACAGAGCAUAGGUUGUUCUGAAAACCCCUAAUCAGAAGGAAAUAUGGAGUGGAGAGUGGGCCAAACCAGAAAAGAGCAGUUUCUUCUGCAGUCUUUCAUGAAUUUUGAACUUCAGACUUCAAAAAGCAGGGGAGGGUGUCAUGUAUGGAUCUUAGAAAUCAAGCUCAUCAUCUUGGCAACCUAGCCUUAUCAAAAACACUAUACUCGGUCCAACCAUAAAGGAACUGGCUUAUAGAUGAGCCUUGGAAGUGAAAGCGUUGCUCUUCCCAGGUGGGACAGCAACAGGAAACUGAACCUCUCAAAGUAAGGAAAGCCACAGAAAAGGAGCACAGGGUUCAUAGAAAAUCCAUCCCAAGGUGCCAAGCCGCCUGACUGUUUCACUCCAGUAGCAGGCUUGGGUUCUUCCUUAAACUGCCAGCAUCCAGCUCCAAGUGAUUCAACUUCUCUAGAAAAUAUGUGCAAUCCCUUGGAUAGCUUGUAUGCUUAGAGAAUAUCCACAGACAUUCUCAAAUGGGAGGAGGGAAAUAACAGAGCUGCAGACCAGCAUUUGCCUAAGGAACAGAACACUGGAAAACAAACUUAGGAGAGAUGAUAAAAAUGUAAGGAAGUGUUCACGAUGCUGCCUAUUCUAUACCCUGCUGAGUAAUUAAAUUCAGAUAAAGGCUACUACUUUAAAGAUCUGGGCAGCAGAGAAUACUUUUGCUACAAAACUAACUCAUGAGGAUAACCAUUAGCAGCUGUUAGACAGGAUCAGUUGAUAAUAUUCUAUAUCAUUGUCCCACUUCACAGACCUUGUGUGAAACAGGACUACAGGGGGACUUCUGCCAUUUGAACUGAAGCAACCACAUCAGAAGCCGGAACCAGGAGGGAGCCUUGAAGGGUUUAAUCCCCAGGGAUGGGGGUGGGGACUAUUUAGAAAGUACCUGCUCUCAGACUCUGCCUGCAUUGGCAGGGCCUGUGGAGGAGAACCUAGCACAAUCCAAGUCUCCACAGGACCCAUCAGGCUGUGACCCAGAAAAUCCAUUGAAAUUGUUUUGUAUUAUAUUCCCCUGGAAAGUGGCCAUUGCCCAGUGGCAGCUCUUCCUUGUUCCACCACAGGCCAGUGGGCUGCUAGCUCUGCCUUCAGUGUGGCAUCUAAAGUUACCUGGUGCUUGGGUUGAAUGGAGAGGGCUGGAGUAUGCUGCCAGAUGCAGCCCUGGGAGUUAAUGGGAAGCUCGCCUCCAGGCAGGAGUUAAUUCAGAAGGUAGAUGAGGAGCCCCAGGAGCUAAACUGAUUGCCCUUCACCCUCUUACCUCUGUGGCCUAGUUUGAGCUAGUAGCCUUUUCUUUAAUUAGUCCUUUUUAUUAGUAAUUUGAUAAACUCAGGAGGCCAAGAGUUUUCUGGAAGCUUGGUCUGAGAUGGUCAUGUGAAAGAUUACCAGAGGCCAGUAUUAACCCUCAAGUGUUGUUGCUCACAAGCUCCAGUUCUUAGCAGAGCAUGGUGGCUUGCCAACCCCAAAAGAGCUACCCAUUGUUCUAUCACAAAGAGGAGGAAGCAGAAGUCAGUACCAUGAAAGAGCAGGGUUUGAGUGCACCCAGAAAGACCUGAAAGGCUGGCAGAGAGGUUGCAUUAUCUGCAUGGGCUCCCACUGGGGGUCAUUGGUACAAAUGUAGGUUACUAUCUGUCAGUCUUCAAAUGUGUGGCUUCUUGUCAGAUACAAUCUGUUGUUCAUUCUCAAACCCUCCCAACUGUAACAAGUCCUUUGCCCUGGGCAGAGCCAAGCCAGCCAGCAGACCCUGGAAACACUAAGUUCCAUCUUUAUCCCUCUGACAAUUACAGCUGCUGAGCCUAGAUCCAGAAGUCAGGAAAACAACCAACAGUGAGCAAUCUGCCAGCUUUUGCUUAGCAGAAAAAAAGAGGAAGGGUUUGUGCAGGGCUUUAUUUUCUCAAACGCCUCCACAAGGCAACACCACCUGAUAGUCAUUUUCUCACCUUGGUCUUAUGAAAUCAUCUAUUUCUUGUGUGUACAUGUCACGCUGUUUCCUGUUUGUUGACAACCCCAGUAGGGCAGGGGUACCUGUCCCCACACCACAACUGAGUACAUCAAACAGUCACACUGGGGAGAUGCGUGCUGAGCCAGGGACCUGAGAGGAUGGUGACCAUGAGAGAGGGGGGGCACAAUAGUGAGGAAGGAGACAGGUCCUCUGGUUAGCAGCGGGCCCACACUAACAUGACAGAGUGUUAGGAAACUGGUUUUAAAAUUGUUUUCCAUGAACUGCUGUUAACAAACUGUGCUGGACAGUCAACACCCCUGCCACAUCUCACUGGGCCAGCAUCGGCAAAUCUAGAAAAAGCUGUUACUUUCUGCUGUCAGAAUAAUCCAGAAAAUCAGGAAAAGGGUGCUUGAAGCAUGCACAGAUGCAGUAUUCCAGAAGCAAUGUCUACCGCUGGCUGUCCCAGUGACAAUACAGUAAUGGUUAAAAACUGUGGUUGGCUCAGCAUUCUGUGCCCCUCGUCCAUGUGGUCAGGUGUCAGUCAAUACACAGAAGACACACCAAGUCGUUAAACAGCCUUAUUGUGACCCUCCUCAGAAGCCCACAAUUUCCAAAGGCUUUUUUUUUAACCUAAAACAAGAAAUUAACUUAUUAACUCCAAUAAAAGACCUGGGUAUCCUGGGCUAUUUGUACUUUUUUAUAGAGGACUUUAAUAACUCAAUUCUUUUCAAGUGAGUUUUUAAAAUAAUAAAAAUUUCAUAAAAUUCCAAUUCCAUGCAACCUAUAGGAUUUCACCCAGAUUGGACAGAGCACCCAUGAUCUGCAUUCCUACAACUUGAUUUCCCAUGCUAGUGAGGUCUGGAGUCCACAUUGGAUUGGCUGCCGUCUGGUAUUCUCUCUGUUUCUUAGUAGACAAUAAAGAUAGCUGUGCAAGGUUUAGCUAUCUUUCAACUGUAGAGAUGAUGGCUUUAUAGCUCCCCUUCCUGAUGCAGCCCCAGGAAAGCAUUCCUGGAGAUCUAGAGGACCCCACUUUGCACUGUAAGAGUCAGAGCAAGAAGGGGAUGCUUCUUCAGCUCUGUCUCAAGUCCCCUCUGGUCCCUGAGUCUCUCAUAUCAGAUAAAAAUGGAAAGAUGCCCUCUAAGGAUUCUGCCCUCUGGGCAAUUCAAACCUACUAUCCCAAGAAGAGAUGGCAUUGAGUAUGCCUGAGCACCUGCUUCCAUUCCACAGAUGUGAGGAGACAGAACCCUACUUUUGAGAAAACCCCUACCAGCCCACUUUGUAAGAACUUUUUUCUAAACUAUGACUAAAGGCAGCUUUGCACUUUCUGAUCAAACAACACUGUCUUUUGUUUCCUGCUUAAUUUUAAGACUAUUCUGUGAUCAACGUUUGUAGAUCUUUGUUAAUAUUUUGCCUGGAAAAAUGUGACUCUCUCCUUGGGAGGUUUAGUAGAGUAUUGAAAAUUAUACAUGAAGGUGGUUACUAUUUUGAGGCUAAAGGUUUUUCUAAGAAUCAACCUCCUAUCCUGACUAUGAAGGUUUUUCAGAAUACCUUUUAUAGAUGAUCCAGAUGCAUUUCGAGUUGCGUUUCCUACAUGAUUUCUGUUUUAUGAAGGACAUGCCAUGUUUUAAAUCUCUCAUUAAAAACAAAAACAAAAACAAACAAAAAAGAACACCAUGCAUACCCCCAAGUUGGCUUGGAGGAAGGAGUGGAGGUAGAGGCUGUUGUCCAAGCAGGCCUUUACUGAUAAGCCAAGGCCUGUUCCACUGCUUGUCUAGCAGGUGAGGUAAAUAUGUAAAUUACCACCUAGCUUUCUUGGAUUUGUGUAACCUCUACUCUCCGUUUGCAUGAUUCGCUCUGUUAGAUGCAUUCAUUGUAGUUCGGAAGCAAGCGUGUAUGAAUAAAGAUACUGAUCAUUGCUGA